AUGCCCGGGCGGGGUCGUGGCCGAGAUAGAGAUUCCAACCAAGGCGCAGCGGAGGGCAGGGGUGGGAGCGGAGGGGGAGCGGCGGCAGGCGGCGGGGGCGGGAGCGGAGGUGCUUUUGAGGACUACGACGAAGAAGAGGUGGCAGCUUUGGAGGCGUACAUGAAGACGCACCCCAGCAAGGAAGAAGACAAAGAGGCCUUGCGAAAACGCGCAAGAGAACUCUCUGCUAGCAUAGGCUCUGGUCAGGGUUCAGAAGCAAAGGGCGGCAGAACAGCGGGGGGAAACGGGGGCGCGGCAGGAGAAGGGUCGGCAGCGGGUGCACCCAAAGCACCGCCUCCCCCAGAAGAGCCCAUCGAGUACACAGAUGCAUCGGGGAAGUUGAAAUUCAACAAGCGGCCCGUUUCUGCUGCGGCGGGUGGGGCCGCGGGCAAGAGUGGGGAGAGUGGCAAAGGGUCCAAGAAGAAGACCAAGCGGGCAAAACUGGCCAAGCUGAGCAAUGCCAAGCUACUGUCUUUCGGAGAUGACGAGGAUGGGUGAGCAUGGUUGAGGUGGAUCUUGGCGUGCGAGAUACCGUACUGCUGGUAUUGAUCUAGUAGCCGCAGAGACGGUCGACUCGGAUGAAGGUUCGGUGUCACGGACUUGCUGACUCUAGGCGCGUGUCGCCAAAAACUUUGUUGGCAGUGGCGGCGGGUGCGGCAGCCGCAGCGGAAACAACCGAGUGGGUUGAUAAGCUGCCCUCACGCCGAUUGGCAAACGUAGUUUGUGCGAGGCCCAUCGGGAUUUCGUGGUGUGGUUCGGUCGUGCCACCCUUAUGAGCUGCAGGUAGGCCUAAAAUAUGCUGCUUGUGGAUCGAAGUCGAAAAAUUCUGUAAAUACCGAGAUCCGCUAAUGCAUCAGCACCAGCAAAGAGACGCGUGAAAAAACGUACUCCUAUUGUUUAACGAAGACCCUCUGCCUUUCUGCCGCUACAGAGUGUGGUGGUAGGAGAGACGGCCCUCUCACCCCACGCGAAGCUGAUGCUGUGACUGAGGCUCGCUCUCUUGUGCACGUCUCGUAGGUGUAUAUGAACCACUACGUAGGCUUGGCGAGGCACUACUGUAUGUACUUGUGAAACGGCCAACGCUACCACCCACUGCAGGU